AUGGAUGGAUUUGAUGAAGAAACAUUCAAAAAGUUCUUCCCCAGCGGCUUUGGGAAGCAGGAUAAGUCCACUAAUGUAGAAGCCCAGAUUGAUCGGACAAAACGAACUGAGGUGAAAUCAAAACUCCGAUCAAAAUUCGAGGAUAAGCCUAAAUAUGGCAACGAUGAUGAUGGCGAAGAAAAAGAACGGAAAGCAGUUCCUACGAUUUCAGAAGCUGAUUUAAAGUCAAAAGGAAAUUCUAAGUCAGAGUCAGAGUCAGAAUCAGACAACUCGGAGGAUUCCGAAGAUGAAUUUCCAACAUCACAUGAACUCACUUUCAAGACACAUGAGCGCGCGGUGACGACUAUAACCCUUGAUCCCUCAGGAUCGCGAAUGAUAACUGGCUCAACAGAUUGCACGAUAAAGCUCCAUGAUUUUGCCUCUAUGACGCCGACCACUCUUCGCGCAUUCAAAUCUGUAGAACCGUCCGCAAAAAAGCAGUCCGCAGCAUCAGAAAUCCACCCGGUCCAUGUCGCACGAUUCAACCCGUUGUACCCAAGCCAAGUUCUGGUCAUAUCCGCAACACCUCAAGCAAAAAUCUUCGAUCGCGAUGGCGACAUGAUCACGGAAUUUGUCAAAGGGGAUAUGUACCUUAGGGAUAUGCGCAAUACUAAAGGCCACAUCUCUGAAAUCACGAGCGGGGCGUGGAGUCCUACAGACUAUAAUUUAUGUGUUACGGCUGGAACGGAUAUGAUGUGGAGUGGCGAUGGUCCAUUCUUGAGGCCAAGCGCUCAAAUUCAAGGAGCGCAUACUAAAGAUACUUGGACAAGCGGUCUUGAUAUUAGCCCUGAUGGGCGGCUAGUCGUCACCAGAGGAGGGGAUGAUACUAUCAAACUCUGGGAUACGAGAAAGUUCAAAACUCCCAUCACAACUGUGUCUCAUAUUUCUGGAUCAAAAUAUUCCCACAACGCGAAUAUUAUGUUCUCACCUAGCGGAGCGAAUAUCAUCACCGGCAGCGAAACUGGGGACCUCCAUAUCCUGAAUCCUGCAACCCUAAAGCCGGAGCUUUCUACACCAGUCACACCAGGGUCUCCUCUUAUUUCAGUACUUUGGCACGAGAAACUGAACCAAAUAGUUGCUGGUUCUGCAAAUGGAGAGACGCACGUGCUAUACAACCCAUCAAUGUCUCAUAACGGCGCAGUCCUUGUUAUGUCGAAAGCGCCAAAACGGUGGCACGUGGACGAUGAUCCAAAUAUUUCCACAGAUUUAUCCCUUGGCCUCACCGCAGACAGUGCUACAGGGCAAAUUGCCUCUGGUGCUUCCUUCUCCAGCCGACAUCCGACAAUCGGACUCACUGCCUCGGGCCGAUCGCGAGAUCCACGUCGACCUCACCUACCCAACAAAACUCCCUUCGCGCAAAGCCAGCCGGACGAGAAGCAUAUCAAAGAAAAUAUUCCGCUUAGCUCCAUGAGAGACGAGGACCCACGUGAAGCACUACUUAAAUAUGCAGAGAAGGCAGAGAAAGAGCCUGUAUUUACAAAAGUAUGGAAGGAAACACAACCCAACCCUAUCUUUGCAGAGCUGAGUGAGGAGGAAGAUGAAGAGCGGAAACCGGAGCGGAAACGGGUGAGGCGAGAUUAA